CAACACCUCCCUUUUGCAACCUUCCUUUCCUACAUUCAGCUGAGCGGCCAUCCUCAGACCGUUUCAGCGAUCCUCCAGAACACACAACCGUUCUCUUGAUUGUACAUGGAAACAACACAAUGGUGUGGAUAAUUAUUUCUACACUGUUCAUGACAGUGUUUAAAGCUGCACUCUGUUUCAAUAUCGAUCCUGUGGCCUGGCGAUCCCUGCAGAGUCCCGCUGCAGGGUUUGGCUACCAGGUUGUGCAGAGAAAAUCAGAUCUGCUGGUCAGUGCUCCACUCGAACAGCAUGGUACAAACAGAAGGGGACGGAUAUACAGCUGCGGCGCCACAGCCUGUACACCUCUCCCUGCUCCCGCUCCGCAGUUUGCAGUCAACAUGUCCCUCGGGUUGUCAAUGACAACUGAUCCUGCCACAAGUAACACAAUGGUAUGUGGUCCAACGAUUCCUAAGGACUGCAAGAGCAUCACCAUGUACAACGGCGCCUGCUUUCAGCUGGACUCUCGAAAUGUUUUUGAGCCUCCUGUUCCUUCCUCUCAUGAAGACUGCCAGGGAAAAGUAGACAUUUCCUUUGUGCUGGAUGGCUCCGGCAGUGUAUCCCCUCAAGAUUUUGGAACAAUGAAGGGGUUCGUGAAACAACUGGUUGACUUAUUUGGUUCAGAAGGCACACAGUAUUCUGUGGCAGAGUUUUCUGCCAUUACCAUGAUCUAUUAUUACUUUAAUGAUUUUUUCCAACGUGGAAACUGGAGGCAGAACAUUGACAGAAUACCACAACAAGGAGGAGGAACUAGGACAGCUCGAGCUAUCCAAGAUGUUGUCGAUUCCGUUUUCACGCCAUCAAAAGGUUCUCGAGACAAUGUGAAGAAGGUCAUGAUCGUGAUCACGGAUGGAGAAUCACAGGAUGGUUACAAUCUGGCUCAAGCAGUAAAUUCAGCUGCUCGGAAAAAUAUUAUUCGAUUUGCCAUUGGGGUGGGGAAUGCAUUCAGAAGGACCCAGGCAAAACAGGAACUGGAUACUAUUGCUUCAUAUCCCCCAGACGACCAUGUGUUUCGAGUGGAUAACUUCAACGCCCUUCAGAAAAUACAAGAGAAUUUGAGAGACAAGAUCUUCUCCAUCGAAGGAUCCCAGUCUGGUGGACAGUCGCUGAAAAUGGAAAUGGCUCAAGAAGGAUUUAGAGCAGCUUAUGUUCCUGGGGGGUUUCAGUUGGCUGUUGUCGGUGCAAACCAGUGGAAGGGAGGCUACAUGUCGUACACACAAAAUCGUCAGCUGAAGAACACAUACGAGCCUCAGUCCAUGGAGCCGGACAGUUAUCUUGGUUACUCCAUGGCGGUUGCUAGAAUCAACGGGGACUCACUGACCAUCGUUGGCGCUCCCAGAUACCAACACAGAGGAAUUGUAAUGACUGUCCACAACGAAAACACGAUGCAGAAAAUUGAUCCUUUUCCAUGGCAGUUUCAGACCGGUGAAUACUUUGGGGCAGAGGUCUGCGCCAUGGACACAGACGGAAACGGCAACACCGACCUGAUCCUCAUAUCUGCUCCCAUGCACUCCGAGUCUGACAGAGAAGGACGAGUUUACGUCUGUGGCAUGACUAGUCUGAAAGUCGAUUGCCAUUUUAACUCUCCGUCGGUGCUAAGAGGGGAGGCGUUUGAGAAGGGGAGGUUUGGCUCCUCCGUCGCUGUCCUGCCGGAUCUCGACACAAACGGAUUCAUGGAUCUGGCCGUAGGAGCCCCUUUGGAAAAUGACGGCCAAGGCAGCAUCUACAUAUUCCAAAGUGAAGGAUUAAACAGAAUCGACCCAAUUUACUCACAGAGAAUCGCGGGUUCUCAAGUUCAGUCGGGACUGAAGUUCUUCGGCAUGUCAAUCAGUCAGCAGUCCUUCGACCGGAGCGAGGACGGCCUGCCUGACCUCGCAGUGGGUUCAAAGGGCACCGUCAUCAUACUCAGAUCAAAGCCGAUUGUCAUGGUAAAAGCUGACGUGACCUUCAGCCCAAACCAAAUCCCGACUCAGAACGUAGUCUGCUCAAACCCAUCGACGAUCACGGCUAAAAUCUGCUUCUUCAUGAGCAGUCGCUCUGCAGUCGGCACAGCACGAGCAAAGAUUAAUUAUACCUUAACACUGGAUGCCACUCGAAAGGUCCCAAACAACCGAGCUUACUUCACUGAGAAACAACGAGAGAAGACCAAAACGUUUGAUAUUAGUUUGAAUAAGGAACACUGUGAAGGCAUGAUAUUCUCCAUUCAGCCUUGUCCAGACGAUGCUCUGAAUGAACUGAACAACGAGCUCAGGUUCGUCUUCGAGGGUUUGCCUUCCGCCCAAAGACUCACACCGAGCCUCGCUCAGCAAGCUCAGACGACAAGCUUCUAUCCUAUAGGAUAUGAGAUUAACUGUGGCACUGACAACAUGUGCAUAGAUAACUUGAGAGUGGAUUUCAACUUCACCAAUUCAUUAGACAUUAGAGUGGGCAUCCAUGAGCUUCUGAAUGUCACGGUCGCAGUGGAGAACACCGGGGAAAACUCCUACAACAGCCGCGUUCUUCUCACUUACCCAGUCGGGCUCUCUUACAGAAAGUUCACAAGUCUGCAGGGAAGAAUUGAAUGCAACUCCGUUGACAGCGAAGGAGGCGUUUUGCGGGGAAAGACAGACUGCACAGUCGACAAGCCCAUUUUCAAGAGCAACACGAAGGCUUUCUUCAUCGUCUCCUACGGAAUCGAGGCCAACAGUCAGCUGGACAGGAGCAUCUUUAUCACAGCCAAUGCCACCAGUGGGAAUCAGAGGCACGGCUCUUCAGAUCAACUCUACAAGAAGAAAGAGAUUGAUGUGAAGUACAGCAUUUUUGUCACAUUAGAAAGCCUCCUCAGUUACAGCAAUUUCACUUAUGGGAAGAAUGAUUUGCAGAAACCAGUGGAGCAAUCAGUCAAGGUCACAAAUGACAUCAGGGCGCUGAACUUCACUGUGAUCGUCAAAGUCCCAGUGAAGCUUGGUGAUAAAGACAUCUGGGCGAAUUUGAGCAGUUUGCAGAUCCCAGACUGUGAAGUUAACGGAGAGGAAGAGCCGACGGUCACAGAUUUUGUGGCUCAGAUACAGAAAAGUAAGGUGGUGGACUGUUCUGUUGCCCGGUGCAGAGCCUUCCAUUGCACCAGGUUCAUGAUAAGAUCGGAGAGUAAAGCCUAUAAAAUCUCUGCCAACAUGAGCUCAGAAUGGAUCCAGCAGAUUGGACUUCAGUCUGCCAAAUUCCUCCUGAUCAGCACAGCCAGCUUGAGCUACGACAGAAACCAGUACAUUUUCUUUUCGACGGGAUCGAACAGCAACCCUCCUGUUCACAGUAUUGAGGUCGAAGUCGAGGUCUAUCCUGAGCCAGAUUUUACUAAAGAGAUAAUUGGAGGAACCCUGGGAGGUCUGGCUUUCCUGGCUUUACUCACUGCUGUCCUGUAUAAGGCUGGAUUUUUCAAGAGUAAAUACAAAGAAAUGAUCAAUGCAGAAGGAGAAGAGGGUCCAGGACCUGAAGAAAGUGCACCUGCACAAGAACAAAAUUGAGUUCAGAUAUUUACAAGGAAAAAAAAAAAAACACUGCUUGUGUUUUUCCCCAAAACCAAUGCUUUUUAAUGUUUGCCUGCAGCUGAGUGACAAAACAUCAAAAUCCAUCACAGCAUAUGUACUGGUGUCUUUAUUAUUGCUGUGCUAAUAUUAUUUUGAAGAGAACAGUGAAUCAAACUUCAAAACAAGACAACACAAAAUACAAUCAGGAUUUAUUAGGAGUGAUAAAAUAUGUAAAAUCCACUAUUUAAUUAAAAAGUUGUUUAAAUGUUUAUAGCUGUAUUUAUUUUAAAGUAUGAGCAUUAUUUGUUAUUGUGCUGUUUCUGCAUGGCUCUCAUUGCAGUCUCGUUUUCUAAAAUGGAUCGGGUUAGUUUCUAAACAACACAUGAGAGGAUUUCAUGUUUACCCGUGAUCUCUUCAUCUCUUCGGGUAUGAGGUAGAUCAUUAGCAAAAUAAACAUGGUCUCCAUUGUUGUAACGGCCCGUUUGAACUGACGAGAACCUAUUAGCAAGACAGUUAAGGAAGUGUUGUCAAGCUUUUGUGAGGAAGUGUCUGAGGCCAGAGUUGUUGCUAAAGCCAAAAUGUUGCCACAUGAGGUGAAUCUUUGUUCAUGCUUACAGUUGACCUUUGGUCAGUCGCCGCCCUCAAAAGCAAACCGACCAAUAGCAUUCAACUACCAACCGCUUGGACAAACAUUUCGUUCUGUAGAGAACUAAGUCAUUUAUACAAAAAAAAAAAAGGUCAAACAUUACGCCAGUGGCACAUGCAACAGCAAUACAGGGUAUCCUGAAA